UACCCGUUUAUCGAGAUAAUCAACAUAUCUCAAGUGGUGUUGUAUAGUAUAAACCCUUGAUAGUGAAGCUUGGAAGAAACCAAAUUCAGAAUCACACUGCAGAACCAAAACCAAAACCAAAACCCUACCAUUCUUCUCCCACAGAGAGAAAGAGACUAAGUGUUCCACUUUUGCAGUUUGCUUCGUACAGUUUGGAAUCAUGUCUUGGUGCACCAUUGAGUCCGAUCCAGGUGUGUUUACUGAGCUUAUUCAGCAAAUGCAAGUGAAAGGAGUACAGGUUGAGGAGCUGUAUUCAUUGGACAUUGACUCUCUCGACAGCCUUAGGCCUGUAUAUGGGUUGGUUUUUCUUUUCAAAUGGCGUCCAGGAGAGAAGGAUGAUCGUGUUGUAAUAAAAGAUCCCAAUCCUAAUUUGUUUUUUGCUAGCCAGGUAAUCAACAAUGCUUGUGCAACCCAGGCGAUCUUGUCUAUUCUUUUGAAUUCACCAGAUGUUGACAUUGGUCCAGAGUUGACAAAAUUGAAAGAAUUCACCAAGAACUUUCCACCUGAACUCAAAGGUUUGGCUAUCAAUAAUAGUGAUGCCAUACGUUCUGCCCAUAAUAGCUUUGCAAGGCCUGAACCUUUUGUCCCUGAAGAGCAAAAGACUGCUGGCAAAGAUGAUGAUGUUUACCAUUUUAUAAGCUAUAUACCUGUUGAUGGAGUACUAUACGAGCUUGAUGGGUUAAAGGAAGGUCCUAUCAGCCUUGGUCAGUGUUCUGGUGGGCAAGGUGAUUUGGAAUGGCUGAAGCUGGUGCAACCUGUGAUCCAGGAACGCAUUGAGCGGUAUUCCCAAAGUGAGAUAAGAUUUAAUCUCCUGGCAAUCAUCAAGAACAGGAAAGAGAUGUAUACUGCCGAGCUAAAGGAACUUCAGAAGAGGAGGGAGCGCAUUUUGCAGCAGCUGGCUGCAUCAAAGUCUGAGAGACCCGUGGACAAUAGUUCUGAGGAACUGAACAGUUCUCUCUCUGUAGUGAAUGCUGGGAUUGAAGCUGCUACUGAAAAGAUUUUAAUGGAGGAAGAAAAAUUCAAAAAAUGGAGAACAGAAAAUAUUCGCAGGAAACACAACUACAUACCCUUUUUAUUUAACUUUCUAAAGCUUCUUGCUGAGAAGAAGCAGUUGAAGCCCCUCAUUGAGAAGGCCAAGCAGAAGACAAGCAACAGCCAGUGAAGAAUGUUGUUAGUUUAUACAACUUUCUGUGAAUUUUCCCCCCAGAUAUGAGCAUGCCUAUAUGUAUCAUGUUGCACUUUAAUUAUAUUUUUUUGGGAAGUCUGUUGAGCACUGAUACACAAACUUUUUCUGAUCCAAGGUUACUCUACCCUGUUUAGUAUAGAUUCUGUGUGUUCUCCUUGCUAGUGAAUUAUUCACCUGGAUUUAAUAACACAUUUUAUUAGGAGAUGAA